AUGGCGUCCCCCCUCGAUCUCGACGACCUCAAUUACGUCCACCUGGUGCCGUACAAUGGCUCCGGUCCUACGGGAGGCGACUCUCUGACGGAGGACCUGAACAUCUGGUAUGAGACUGGUGACAUAGGAUGGAUGAUCACGGCUACGGCGCUCGUGUUGCUCAUGAUUCCCGGCGUUGGAUUCUUCUACUCGGGAUUGGCAAGGAGGAAGUCGGCCCUCUCUCUCAUCUGGCUCUCUGUCAUGUCGACAGCCGUCACCAGCUUUCAAUGGUUCUUCUGGGGCUACUCUCUAACCUUUUCGCACUCGGCUGGCGCCUUCAUUGGCGAUCUUUCGAAUUUCGGUUUCAGGGACGUCCUCGGCCGCCCAUCCGUCGGCUCCAGCCGCCUCCCCGAUCUGCUGUUCGCUGUCUACCAAGGCAUGUUCUCUUGCAUCACCGUCGCUCUAGCGACCGGUGCUGUCGCCGAGCGUGGACGCAUGCUGCCCUGCGUUAUCUUCAUGUUUAUCUGGGCCACCGUCAUUUACGACCCGAUUGCUUGCUGGACCUGGAACCCUAGUGGCUGGUCCAACAAGAUGGGUGGUCUCGACUUUGCAGGAGGAACGCCGGUGCACAUCGCCUCCGGCACCGCUGCCCUGGCUUACUCGAUGAUGCUGGGCAAGCGUCGUGGCCACGGCACUCACGAGCUCAACUACCGACCUCACAAUGUGACCCACAUUGUCAUCGGCACCGUCUUCCUCUGGGUCGGUUGGUUUGGUUUUAAUGCCGGUUCGGCUCUGUCUGCGAACUUGCGUGCUGUUAUCGCCGCCGUCGUAACCAAUUUGGCAGCCUGCGUCGGCGGCAUUACUUGGUGCGUGCUGGACUACAGACUAGAGCGCAAGUGGUCCACAGUCGGCUUCUGUUCCGGUGUUGUUGCUGGCUUGGUCUCCAUUACGCCGGGUUCUGGAUACGUUCCCGUCUGGGCUGCCGUACCUUUUGGCAUACUCGGAGCUGCGUUUGCCAACUACGCCACUAAGCUCAAGUUCAUCCUCCGAAUUGACGACGCUCUCGAUAUUUUCGCGGUUCACGGAAUCGGUGGCCUCGUCGGCAACAUUUGCACCGCAUUUUUCGCCGCCAACUACAUCGCACACCUCGACGGUGUCAGCGAGAUUGACGGCGGCUGGAUCAACCACAACUGGAUCCAGCUCGCUUAUCAACUGGCCGAUUCCUUCAGCGGCGGUGCCUACUCGUUCGUUGGCACGUGCAUAAUCCUUUUCGUCAUGAACAUGAUCCCCGGCCUUCGCCUACGUGCGACCGAAGACGCUGAGAUCUUGGGCAUUGACGAUGCCGAGAUCGGCGAAUUUGCUUAUGACUAUGUUGAGCUCACCAGAGAGGUGCUCAACGAUAUGGACAAUGAGGCCGCUAGUCGGUACUCGAACGACAUGGCUUCUUUCCAGCCUAUGGAGAAGAACAACAGCAUCCCAUUGAUGGACGUCCGCAACUUUGCCGGAUCAUCACAAUACCCACCGCAGUUCGGCCACGCUCAAUGA